AGUGUUCUAUUCUGUAAUUUGUAGACAAGAAGACGGGUAGCCGUUUUUCUGACUGUAUACUUUAAGGUUAAAAAAUAAUGUACAAUUCCUGUGAGCUGUCGAAAUCAAGUGAAAGUGAAUGUCAAGGUUCAAGUUCGAACAAUGUUAAUGACGAUUUUGAGGAUGGCACGUGCUUGACUCCAGUAUACAUAGAAUUAGAUUCCGAAUUGUCAAAAUGGACAUCAGAAUCAAAUCCCGACAAAUCGUCUUGUUUUGGUAAUGAUACUCCUGACGACAAUUGCUAUAUUCAACAUACAAUAUCUGAGGAUCAAAUUCUUAUGAGAAUUAAUCCUGGGGAUGGCCCUAUGACUCUAAACCCAUCUCAUGCAACAUUAAUGCUGGAGAGUCAAGAUCCUAUUUCUAAAGCAAAAGAUGUAAAGAGAUUUGACUGCCAAUAUGAAGGAUGUAAGCGAACUUAUAGCACGGCCGGAAACCUAAAAACACACGAAAAAACUCAUAAAGGCGAAUAUACCUUUGCCUGCAACCAACCUGGGUGUGGAAAAGCAUUUUUAACAUCAUAUAGUCUCAAGAUUCAUGUUAGGGUCCACACAAAAGAGAAGCCAUACGAAUGUGAUGUUUAUGGAUGUCAAAAAGCUUUUAAUACGCUUUACAGAUUAAAAGCUCAUCAAAGACUUCAUAACGGAAAUACAUUCAACUGCGAGAAUGAUGGAUGUACAAAAUUUUUUACUACUUUAAGCGACUUAAAAAAACAUAUUAGAACUCAUACUGGUGAACGGCCGUUUAAAUGUCCAGAUAACGAAUGCAAAAAGGCUUUUUCAGCAAGCCAUCACUUAAAAACUCAUAUCAGAACUCAUACAGGUGAGAAGCCAUUUUCAUGUCUGAAAGAUGGAUGCGAAAGAUCUUUUUGCUCAUCGUACUCACUCAAAAGUCACAUGACUCGUCACGAUAAGCCAGAUUUUGAAGAGAUACAAACAACCUCUCCAACGGAAAUAACAGUCUCAGAAAAAGUUAUAAAUGAAACCAAUCUAAAUCAUUCUUCUGUCGGGGACAUUGCCCAAGCCGAUCCAUGUGUUCAAGGUUCCAGUCAACGGACUUAUGGAAUUGAGUCAACACCACUUACUAUCCUACCGUCUCUUCAAUCCCAAAUUCAAUUAGUAACUAAUAAAUAUGUACACUUGGGAGCUCAGAGCACAUUUGUUCAACCUGCAAACUACAACUCCGAAAUUAUAGAAGAAAGCAACAAUAACAGCCGAAGAGAGCUUGAUUCAAAAUCGACCCCAAAUGUCAAACCCAAUUCAACUCAAUCAACGAACACUGCAACGGGCAGCAUUCAGGAACCUCCGCCUUUACAGCAAACAGUUGUGGGAACAGUUAGUGUUCUGAGCGAUUCUCAAUUAUGCACUGUAACAUUGCCUACCCCAGUUCCAUUAGAAAAUAAAACAACAACUGCUUUGGUACAUAUAACCGAAGAAAGCAAUAAACCAGAAGAAGAAAACGAAGACGAAAAUACAGAAGACGUAGAGGAACCGCCAGUCGUUAUAAAUCAGAAUCAAAAAGUACUUUUAAACGUUGGAAAUAGAAUGGUGCCUGUGGAUGGCGCCGUUCUAGCUCAACUGGUAGCAGAUAAGAUCGCCGAGCAACUAAUGCCUUCAAUUAAUGAAUAA